CAUGGCCGUCCACGAAACAAGAAUUUUUCUAUUAUUUUUAACUCAACCACACGUUGCGAUACUAGAAAAGCGAAUUGAGUCUAUUUUAGUGCAUUAACGAGAGUACGGACAAGAAGUAGACCCUAAACUCGUUGAUUGUCUAAUGGGGAUGCCAAGACGUGAUACGAUUCCCCCAAAGUUCCGCGGUGUGUGACAUUCUAACCUAACAUUUCUUUAAGUGUUUUUCUUAAACAAGGAACUCGUUUCAUGCAUAACCCCAGUGUGGUCCUAAUGAAGGAUUAUUCCGUGGAACAGGAACAUCGAUAAGCUAUUUUCUUUACGCAGUGAUUCGUGUGCCUAGAAAAUUACUAAGCUACUCUAUAUAGGUAAUAUUUACAAUGAUUUACGUUUACGGUAUGAAGGAAGUAAUGUGAUAAUAUAUUAAAUUAAUAUAUAUGUACGUGGAUAAAAAAAAGUUAUACGUAUACACACACGUAAAUAUUCAUACAACUACGUGCUGAGAUAUCUGUCAUUUGUGGGUGAUUAAUUUAAAUCGAUGCCUUGAUUUUGGUUUACGUUGAUUUUGUUUCGUCUGUUUAUUUUGAUAUUCUGCAGUGUGUCUAAAGCUACGUUCCAUUUGACAUGUAUAUCAUGAUUGGGAUACUAUCGAAUUUUAUUUUUAUAUCUAACGAGCUAAAAUAAGUGCGACAGAUAAUGUUUUGAUUUAAAUGGUCGCUGCAGAAAAAAGUAUUACUUAAACAGUAUACCAACUUUCCUUAUAUAAUAAUUAGUACGUGUAACCCAUAUUGUUUAACAGAAUACAUAGAAAGUAACAAAGUAUGAUAUAUUAAAUUCAUGAAUAAAGCUUAUAAAUAAACCAUACCGUAAUUGAUGACGAAGCAAAGGAAGUUAUCUUUUUUAAAAUAUUAUUGAACAUUCUAUUCUAACAAAUUACUAAUGAUUCAUUACUCAAAGAAUUGAGAAUAAUAUUUGUGAUAUCGAAGUGAUGCAUCAAGUGGACGUGCUACAUUAAAUGACGAAUACAGUGCCAUGUGUUUAAAUAUCGGUCAAUGCACUGUCAUAAGUUCACCAAUGCAAAGAGACUAUGCUGAGAAGGAUUAACGAGUCCAAGAUAUUUCAACCUUGACGAUAAAGUUUUGUGUUAAAUUCUGUCCAAAUAACUAAUUCAGGAUGGAUGAACGAAGAGUAGCUGAUUACUUUGUGAUCGCUGGGCUACCUGGCCAAGACGAUGACGAUAGCCAAGAAAAUGAAAAUAGUAACGAAUUGGAAGACUGGUGUCAAGAAGGGACACAUCUAAAGGAUAUGAACAUGCAAGCUCCUAUUACGGAUCUAGCUGUAAUAUUUCCUGCUCUUGGCGAACAAUGUCCCGAAGGCUACACAGUAUUGGAGUACACGGUAUCAGGCUUGCCCGCCGACUUAAAUCAUGGAAGUUUGAGAACAAAUGAAUGCUAUUUAUGCUACAGAAGAGGACGAGAUAAACCACCAUUAGUUGAUAUUGGUGUCAUAUACGAAGGAAAGGAACAUAUAAUGAAAGAUGCAAAAAUGGUUUUAGAAACACCGACUGGACAUGUCGCAAAUGUUAAUAAUUCCACAUCUAAAAUUUUUGUGACAUACAGACGGGCGAAUCCAAAGAUGCCUUGUAACUCAUUAGUUGUCACUGACAUAUGUGUCAUUUUAACAAAUAAAGGUGAAACCCCACCACAUGCUUUUUGUGUUAUUGGAAAGAAUCUGAAUAAGGGCAUGCUUGGGAGUGAUGUGUUUUUAUGCUACAAGAAAUCAAUGAAUCGUGCAAAUCUUAUAUCAUUCAAGCCAGCUAUACUGUAUAAAUAUCCAAAUACUGAUUACGAUAGUUUUGGGUUUCCUAAUUCAGUGGCUAUGUUUUGCCUUCCAAUGGGGGCCACUAUUGAAUGUUGGCCAAAAAUGGCUUCGAAACCGAAACCCGUCUUUUCUACGUUUGUUUUAACUGUUGCGGAUGCAGCUCAAAAAAUAUAUGGGUCCGCCAUCACUUUCUAUGAAGAAAUUAUCCCAGACACUAACAUUCCAAAUUGUAUACAGAAUGAGCACAGCGAAGAUGAUACAAUGAAGAAUGCUAAUGGCGAUGAGAUUAUAAACCCUAUGGAGACAACGGCAGAUAACAUGACUGGUUCAAGAAAUUCUAAUAUUUUAAAAAAGCUGAACUCAGUGCAACUUGAAAAACUACAAUAUACAGACUCUAAUAGUCAGUCACUCAACAUUAGCAAGUCGAUCUGUAUCCUAUCUCACUGGCCAUUCUUUGAAACGUUUGAGAAAUUUCUUGUCUUUUUGCAUAGCAUGAUCAAUGGAAAACCACAGAAUGUCCCGAUAGAAAAGUAUAUUUCUUACUUUCUAUGUGACAUACCAUUUCCUAGUCCACAAAGACCAAGAAUUCUCGUACAACUUAGUGCUGUGGAUAGAUUGAUCUUGACGCAACCCGAAGACUUGGCUUUGCCCAGAUCUGGAGCUAGUUUUAAACAACUGCUAAUUAAUCUUGGACCAGACAAUUGCUUGUUGAUAUUGUUACUCAUAUUGACGGAGCAGAAAAUAUUAGUGCAUUCCUUACGACCAGAUGUACUGACUUCUGUGAGCGAAGCUAUCGCUAUGAUUUUGUUUCCAUUUAAAUGGCAAUGCCCUUAUAUUCCAUUAUGUCCAUUGGGAUUGGCAGAGGUACUGCAUGCACCGCUACCAUUCUUAAUCGGAGUCGAUUCACGAUUCUUUGAUCUCUAUGAUCCGCCGUCUGAUGUCAAUUGUGUCAAUCUAGAUACAAAUAAUAUUGCGAUUUGUGAUGAUAAAAAAUACUUGAACGUAAAACUUUUACCGAAGAAAGCAGCCAGAAUGCUUAGGAAUCGUUUAGAACUUCUGUACUCUAAAUUAAUUUCUCUGGGAAAGUCUUAUUCUCAAAAAGAAAAGAACGAUGAAGAUUUUAGUGUUGACAAAGAGUUCCAACAGAAGCAGAGGGAACAAGCACUGGAGCUUGAAAUACAGGAUGCUUUUCUUCGUUUCACAGCAUUAAUACUCAAAGGCUAUCGAGCUUAUUUGUUACCAAUUACGAAAGCACCUACUGUUGGAUCAACAGAUCCAACAAGUCUUUUCAAUAUACAGGCAUUUUUAAGAAGUCGUGAUAAAACCCACGCUAAAUUCUACAGCAUGCUCGUCCGAACCCAGAUGUUCAUUAGAUUUAUUGAAGAAAGAAGUUUUGUGUCAGAUAUGGACAUGGCAGGCCUAGCGUUUUUUGAUGAAUGUACGGAACGUGUAGAAGAGGAAAAUGUUACGUUACUAGAAUUGGAUGAGUCUCAGCAUAGCGAACGAACAGUCUUUAUACCUCCACCUGAAGGAGGAACCAAUCAACCGCCAGUAGUAUACAAGACAUUCAAAUUAAAUCCUGAUUUAAUGAGACCCCAAAAAAAUAUCUACUUAAAGAAUCCAGCCUUGAGUGCCUUCAGUAUGGUUCCUGGCAGUCCCAUGGCUCGCAGGACAAAGCACGAAAUUAAAGUAGCUCAGAGAAUGGCCCGAAAACAAGCUGCUAUGCCAGAUAGAUGGGGCAGAUGUUUGCUUGGUACGUGCUAUAGCCUCUGGUUUUUACACUUACCAGCUAUGCUCCAAGUAUCCAACCAACCGGCUGCUAUUCUACAUCAAGCGUAUGAAUUGCUCGUUAAAAUGCAAAAACUAAGAUUGGAUCCAAUGGAAGAGGUUUGUUACAGAGCCAUGAUGCAAUUAUGUGGUAUGUACGGACAACCAGUUCUGGCUGUUAAAUUACUAUUUCACAUGAAACGAAGCGGCGUACAGCCAAAUGCCCUAACAUAUGGAUUUUAUAAUAAGGCUGUCCUCGAAGCAACGUGGCCUUCGGAUAUGACAAAUUCGGGUCAGUUAAUGUGGAAUAAAUUACGUAACGUUAUUGUUGGAGCGGCUUUAUUUAAAAAGGCUGGAAAAAGAAGUGCUAGAAGGAGAUUGAGCAACAAUAUGGACUUACUUCGAUCCGACGAGAAAAUUCAAGGCUUAGAACAUGCCAUUUCACGAUCCAGCUUGGAUAGUGCUCACUCUCAAGACACGGAAAGUAUCCAGAGAGAACCACUAAAGGGCAGUUCCGUCCCAGAUUUACCAGCUUUUGGUUUAGUCGAAAUGAAAAGCAAAUUUCUUCGUCAAAAUAGUAUUGUGAAAGAUCAAGCAAUCUUAAGUACAUCCCAGCCGGAAGCACUCGACAGAUCCCCUACUAAUCCCAGAUUAAUUCGAAGCAUUGAAUCACCGUUGAAAAGUCCUGUUCGAACUCCAGUAACAGAAAACGAUCCUUUGGGUGCAUUAAUCAAUGAUGAAACGCCAAUCGUUUCUCCUUCUGAAGAAAAUGAUUCGACUUGUUCAACAAGUACUUUAACAGUAGUGAAUAAUACUGUCGAAGAACGACCUGGAGGCCCUCUUUUAUUCAGAAGCAAUAUUUUACCCCGAAGUGCAACGUUUCAUCAAGCUGUCGAAGAGGCAGGUGGAAUUGGUGGUCAUUUGCAAAGAAGUGAAACAAUGCCUCAUUCCGUUGCUCAACAAGGAGAGCAAGAAAGAGAGAGGGAAAGAGUAGAAAUCAGCAGUCUCUGGGCACAAAAUAAAGACAGCGUGACAUCUAGUUUAUCUAGUCUAGGAUCGAGUCUCAAGCUCAGUUUCGGCCCUUCAAGUUUAACUGGAAAAAAAUCCAACGAACUUAUUCUGGGUGGCUUAAAUAGUUUGAAAUCAGCUGCUACAACUGUCGUAAAGAAAUUCGAUGAAAUAAAGGAAGCCAUUUCAGCAACUAGCACUCCUGUUAAAUUGAAAGAACGUGAACAGCGAUUGGCGUACGGUGUGUCUCAUGAAUCGUUAGAUUCACUCACGGAUGGGUCUCAACAGGACCGCAAUGAGAUACCUUGCAGAAUGUCCGGUGAUGCAAGCGCUGAUUUAGGCUCCUUGUACGAACUAUCGGACAGCUUAUACCCAAAAGGUUCAAGAGACCUAGAAGAACGCUUAGCUGUUGAACUUGUGCUUUCGACGGCUAGCAGAUGCCAUCAUUGUCUAACAAUUCUUUACGACGAAGAGAUAAUGGCUGGCUGGCAACCUGAAGAUUCUAAUUUAAAUACAGUAUGCCAAUUUUGUGACAAGGCUACUGUACCUCUCUUAACGGUCACGAUAUUGGAUUAUAGGCGCCAAGAAGGUGAAAAGGGCAACGAUCCCCUGACGGGAGCUUUAAUCGAGCUCUCGGAUCAGCCUAGAGAAUUAGACGAACCUAUUACCGUCCCUUAUCUAAAUCCUCUUGUUUUAAGAAAGGAAUUAGAGAACGUUCUCAGUCAAGAAGGCGACUCAUGCCUCACCAAACAUAGAUUCAUCCAGGAACACCCAAUCGUGUACUGGAACUUAAUGUGGUAUUUUGAAAGAAUCAACAUGAGCAGCCACCUUCCUGAUCUUUGGUUACACAAUGAACAAGAAAAAGAAUUGCAGUGUAAUUCUGGCCUGGUAGGCGUAAGGACAAUGUGGGACAACGAAAAACUUCAUAUGGAUCGAUUACCGAUGUACCUUCAGUGGCGAAGUGCUGCAGAAGACCGAACAAUGAUGCAGUCAGUGAUAUCACACGUACGACUCAACGAUUUGACAAAACCCAUAAAAAGAGUGGCCUUAGAAAGAAACAAAAAUCAAACGGAAGCUCCUUUUUCUAUUUAUCGAGACAUUUUGUUCCUAGCAUUCACAGUGCUUGGUCGAAGUAACAUAGAUCAGGGUGCGUUUGAUCGCGAAUAUCAGGUAUCAUUGAAAAGACUGACGGAGUACGAGGAGAAACUACUGCGCAACGUUGACGCUCCGCCCUCCUUCAUGACAACGUGUUGUAGACACUAUUUCAAACAGCUGAACGUGUGAAUAAUCGAACAAUUUUUUUAUGAAAUUAUAUGCCCAAUGUUAUAAACAUGUACAGCUGGCUGUCUUGCUGCAUUCAAGUUGUCGAACGUGGUUAAGAAGUAAGUGUACCUCUCACCAUGGUUGCACGAAGCAUGCGAAAGAGAAACAGGUAUUAAACACGAAGAACAAAAUCCAGACAGUCCUUGGUACGCUCUCGAAUGAUUACUAGUAUUUAAUAAGGAUUAUUUCGUAUUUAUUCGUUACUUGCUGUAAAGACUCUGAUCAUUGUAUGGUCGACGAGGCCGAGUAUACGUUACGGACAAACCCAUGCAAUAAGAUGUAUAUAUACAUACAUACGCCUUUCCGCUCUUCGAAAUUGUUGGAACCAUUUCUUGCGAGAACGUCCAUGUCUACUUAAAUGCUCAUGUUUUACCUAACCUUUGUUCUAAUCCCCAGUAUACAUAGUUGCCUCUAAGAGUAUGAUAUGGGAAAGUGCUACGUACCAAAGAAUUUGUAGACCGCAACGUCUAACCCCGUAUUCCCUCCAGGUGUGCAUUGUGAUCAUACGUAGCUCUUCACUUGUUGAAGUAAACUUGUUAUAAAGCAGGGUAAAAAGUCGUGACAUCGAUCGGUAGAAAAUUCGUCAGGACUGGUAGUGAUUUCUUUUCCUUUUGGUUUUUAACGGCAUAACGAUGAUGUCUACUUAUUCGCGUGUACAAACAUAUUACUUGCAGCGUAUGGUAACUUUUUCCCUAUACUCUUAGAACCGCACGGAGCACGACCAAUGUAGAUAUUCAUUUUUAUUAUGUAUAUAGUGAACAGUUCGGGAGACGCGAAAUGAUCUAUCGGAAGCGAAACUGUGUGUAAAUUGUAUAUUUUAAAAUUGUGUCCAAAGGAAGAGAUUUCUCACCACUUUCAAGGCCACUUCUUUAAGUCACAGUGCAAUAAACGCAAUCGCAUGUACGUAUGUAAAAAGGCUAGAUCUCUGUCCUAAAUCAUGUUAAAGUUUCACGUGGGCUUAAUGUCGUUGACGAAUAAAUCAUGGUUCGGCAACAAAUUCUUAAAACUUGACAUAUUAAUUCCAUAGUCCCUGAGCUGUUCAUUUUGAUUACUGGAAACAAAUGUAUAUUCGUUCUCUAAUGUAUCCAAAAUAUAAAAUGAAGAAAUAAAAAGCAGUUGAGGUAUUUUA